AUGGCUUCGGCCACUGAAACGAGAGAGUAUGCGGCCGAAGUUAGUCUCCCCGCCGGACCACCGUCUGCUCAACGAGCAACCAAGCAAAUGGUGUUCUUCUCGCUGUUCAUCUCUUUGGCUGGCUGGAUUUUCAACUUUGAUCUUGGUUUUGGCGGCACAGUCCUCCAGAUGCAGUCGUACAGAAAGUCAUUCGGCCAGUGUGGUCCUGUAACCGACCCGGAGACUGGUAAGACGGCGGUUGUCUGCUCGCAAACUGCACUUCAACAAGGCCUUGUUUCCUUGACACUACUCUUCGUUGCCCUUGGCGGAGCCUGCAGCGGCAUCGUUGGAAACUACCUCGGUCGUCGGGGCACCAUACAAGUUGGCGCCUUGCUUGCCGCGAUUGGUGCCGGUGGUAUGCUCGGUACGUCGGGAAACUUCACCGCUUACCUGGUUUGCAAAUGCAUUGGCGGCGUCGGGCUCGGGCAUAUUAUUGCAGCUGGCCCGGUCUAUGGAGCAGAGUGCACGAUUGCCAGUAAGCGCGGGAUGCUUCUGGCACUCUACAACAUCGGGUUGGGCUCGGGCAACGCGGCGGCGGCGGCAGUUUGCUGGGGAUCUUCUACAUACACGCACAGCAAUCUGGCGUGGCAGAUCCCCAUCAUAUGUCAGAUUCCCCUCUCACUCAUCCUAGGGACGGCCGUCUUGCUCUUCCCAGAAUCCCCUCGCUGGCUUCUUACCAAAGGCCGUGAAGAAGCCGCAAAGAAAUCCUUCGCCUGGUUCUACGCUAAAAGCCCUGAUCACCCAGACGUUCUUCUCCAGGUCCAGGACGUCCAGCGCCACAUUGACUUGGAGAAACUCUACGGCACAACCACUAACUGGACCGAGAUCUAUCGUGGCACCAAUUUGCGUCGCACCACGAUAAGCGAACUGAUCAUGGUCGGGUUGGCGAUCACUGGAUCCAAAUUCGUGGGACCCUACGGUGCGAUUUUCCUAGCAAAAGUUGGGAUAAAGAACCCAUUUUUGAAUAAUUUUAUCGUCGCCGCUUGCACCAUGGCCGGAUCCCUCCUGGGGCCGAUCGUUAUUGAUUACGGCGGCCGUCGGUUUUCAAUGCUCUGGGGUUACGGCACAAUGACCAUCUGCAUGUUGAUCAUCGCCAUUGUAGGCUCCGCGUUGGGCCAGGGAUCCAACACUGCAAAAGUCGUACUAUUGGUGUUCCUAUUCCUCUGGGCCUACCUAUUUGGCCUGUUCAUCGGGACCAGCGUCUGGAUCGCGGCACCUGAGCAACAUAAUCUUCGCCUGAGAACGUACGGGCAGGCAUCGACGACGUUGGUGUAUCAGAUCUUUGGGUUCGCCGCGAGCUUUUAUGGACCGUACAUGCUUAGUGUUGAUUAUGGGAACAUGGGUUUGAACGUCGGAUAUUUCUACGCUGGCGUGACUUUUGCGAUGCUAGUGCUCACCUUUGCUUUCGUCCCCGAGACCGCCAGACUCACGCUCGAGCAGAUCGACGAGUAUUUCUUCUCCGGGAGAGCGGCGUGGAAGACUUCUACAGCCAGGAAUAAGAAGAUUGCGAAGGGUGAGGUGGUGGAUCAUAUGGUCGAUUCAGAAUUUGCUGCCCAGAAACUUGACCAGUGA